AUGGCUACAGCUCCGACGCGUAAUGACCGUCGGAUCAUCCUUCACUUAGAUUAUGACUGCUUCUAUGCUUCGGUUUUCGAAGUAGAACAGCCGGCACUAAAGAAGUUACCCCUAGCCGUACAACAGAAGCAAAUUAUCGUGACAUGUAAUUACGAAGCCCGGCGGCGAGGGCUACACAAGCUGCAGCUCAUCAAAGAUGCCAAGCGAACGUGCCCCGAUGUGGUGAUUGUUCUGGGCGAGGACCUGACCAGAUUUCGAGACGCCUCCAAAGAGCUCUACCUUUUCAUUCGAGGAUUUAUCUGGGGCGGACGAGUGGAGAAGCUUGGUUUUGAUGAGCUAUCUCUAGAUGUUACCGAGAUGAUUGAUUAUAAUGUCAAUCUAUUGAACCCGAAUGAUUUGUCGACCUCGUUCUUCCAUUUGGACUCUAAAGACCCAACAAUCGGAUUUGCUUACGAUGCGACAAAAAUCAUGGGCUCGACCUUCCCCGCGACAGCAGAGGAUACCUCGAUUUCCACACUCGAUACAUCAAAUCUGGAAAUGAAGCUUGUGAUCGCGUCCCAUCUGCUCAAGUACCUCAGAGAUCAGAUGGAGCACCAGAAAGGCUUCACAGCUACAGGAGGAGUAUCUACCUCCAAGCUUCUCGCAAAACUAGUGGGAAGUGUCCACAAACCCAAUGAGCAGACUGUUCUGCUCCCACCAUACUCACUAGCCCAAGAUGGCAUUGAGAGCAAUGUGACCCAAUUUCUGGAUAGUUAUCAGAUCCGCCAAAUUCCUGGCAUCGGAUCACGACUUGCCCAGAAACUGAGAGCCCGCGUUACCGGAGAAAGUACAGGGGAAGAAGAUGUCACGGUCCGGGAUGUCCGUCUAUAUCCUGGAAUGGGCCCAGCUAUGCUCGAGAAAACGUUAGGCGGGCCUGGUGCACCAAGAGGUAUUGGAAUGCGCAUUUGGGGUCUCCUGCACGGCGUGGACAACACCGAAGUACUCGAGGCUCGAGAUUUGCCUACUCAAAUCAGUAUUGAGGACUCCUACGGUCGUGGCCAAUUCGGCACCGUGGAGAAUGUGCGUCGCGAACUUGUGACUCUUACGGGAAGCUUGAUCCGGCGGAUGAGGACGGAUUUACUAGAUAAAAGUGAAGAAUCUCCACGGUGGCUGGCCCACCCGCGGACCUUGCGUCUAUCUACACGACCUCGCAAUGCUCCGGACACUGACGGGGUGCGAACAUACAAUGCCAACCGCAUUUCUCGAUCGGCUCCUCUGCCAGGGUUUGUCUUCAAUCUGGAAGAGAAUAUUGAUGCACUGGCCGAACGGUUAGUUCAGGAGAAUCUUCUGACAAUGUUUCGACGAUUGAAUCCCGAAAAAUCCGGGUGGGACCUGAGUUUGAUCAACGUAGCUGUGACGAACUUGGUGGAGAGUGCAGGGGAUCAAAAGCAAAGUAGCGGGCGCGAUAUAGGAAAAAUGUUCCGGCUGCAGGAAACGGUGCUCAGAGAUUGGACUGUACCGUUAGUGGAUCCAGGGUCUGGCGCCACUGCAUGUGUUCCUGGCCCGGAGAUAACGGAGAAGACAAGUGUGGAUCAUGACGAGAUGACAUGGAGUGAAGAAGAAGAGAACGAAGACGAGGAAGACAACGACGAGGAAGACAACGACGAGGAAGAGAAGGGACUGUUCAGUAUCCAGUGUGACAUUUGUUCAGCUGCGAUUCCCCAUUUUGCCCAGUUGGCCCAUAGACUGUACCACGAAUCUCUUGAUUGA